AUGUCUAACAAGUUUGGCUGGGUCAUUGGUGUACUGGUGAGGUGCCUGCUAAACAUUUUCGGCGUCAUGUUGUUCUUGAGGAUUUCGUGGGUGGUGGCCCAGGCGGGCAUAGGGCUGGCCAGCAUCAUCAUCCUCCUCGCUUCGGCGGUCACCACACUGACCGCCCUCUCCAUGUCCGCCAUCAGUACCAAUGGUGAAGUCAAGGGAGGUGGGGCCUACUACAUGAUUUCCAGGACGCUGGGCCCUGAAUUUGGGGGUGCCAUAGGGAUAAUAUUCGCCCUCGCUAAUGCAGUGGCCGUGGCGAUGUACGUCGUUGGCUUUGCUGAAACCAUCGUAGAUAUGUUGAAGAAUCAGGACAUGUUAUUUUUGAGUGAAACGAACGUAGUAAGGGUUAUAGGGCUCAUAACGGCUGCCCUUCUUCUUGGCAUUGCCCUGGCUGGACUGGAUUGGGAGGCCAGGGCUCAGCUCGUGCUAUUGGCCAUACUUUCAAUAGCGAUCGGGAACGUCAUCAUCGGUAGUGUCAUCCCGCCCUCUGAAGCCCAAAUAAGCCAAGGGUUCGUUGGCUAUACGGCGGAGAACUUCAAAGAGAACUUCAUUCCGGAUUAUAGAGACGACUACAACUUCUUCACAGCCUUCGCAAUUUACUUUCCAGCCGCUACUGGGAUCUUGGCCGGAGCAAAUAUAUCCGGAGAUUUGAGGGACCCCCAGAUGGCAAUCCCCAAGGGCACCCUACUGGCAAUCAUCAUCACAACAAUCAUCUACCUUCUCAUCGCCUGGAUAACUGGUCUCUGUGUGAAGAGAGAUGCGAAUGGCAUCAUAAAGGAUAUGAUAUCAUCAGUGACCCAAUUGAUUUCCAUCUUUGGACCAAUCACAGUAGCCGGUAUAUUUUCCGCAACGUUGUCGUCUGCCUUGGCCAGUCUUAUAUCGGCGCCAAAAGUUUUUCAGGCAGUAUGCAAAGACAAAAUCUUUCCAUUCAUUGGCAUAUUUGGUAAAGGAUACGGAAAAACCAACGAACCAAGGAGGGCCUACCUACUUACAUUUAUCAUCGGGGCUGCCUGCAUUUGCAUUGGUGAUCUAAACUCAAUAGCUCCAUUGAUUUCGAACUUCUUCUUGGCAUCAUACGCCCUUAUCUGCUACUCGUGCGCUGAUGCUUCCCUUGCUAAAUCGCCCGGUUGGCGUCCAGCGUUCAAAUAUUAUUCGGUGUGGACUGGUCUAGCCGGGACGGUGUUAUGCGUUGUGGUUAUGUUCAUAAUGAACUGGAGUACAGCUCUUAUCACGUUCGCCAUAAUCGCCAUUCUCUACUUCUACGUACACUACAGAAAGCCUGACAUAAACUGGGGCUCGUCGACACAGGCUCACGUGUGCAGGAAGGCACUGCAGCUCUCCCAAAAACUCAUCAAAGUAUCAGAACACAUUAAAAAUUUCAGACCACAGAUCCUGGUUCUUACUGGCUUCCCUGCCUCAAGGCCCGCCCUAGUAGAUCUCUGCAGUAACAUUUGCAAAGAUGUCAGUCUUAUGCUAUCUGGACACGUUGUUGUUGUGGACAGUCACACGAGCAAGUUAGUCGACACAAGACCAAUCCUUGACGCAGGUUACAGAUGGUUGCUAGCCAGGAAGAGCAAGUCAUUCUACAGCGUCGUUACUGCCCCAACUCUAAGAGCCGGGGUUCAAGCCCUCUUACAGGCGUCAGGGGUUGGAAAAUUGAGGCCCAACACUUUGGUGCUUGGCUUUAAAAACAACUGGAAGACAUCAACCCCUGAAGAUGUUGAAAACUAUUUCAACAUUAUUCAUGACGCUUUCGACUUCAAUCUCGGAGUUGGCAUACUGCGAAUGCACGACAAACUCGACUACUCAUAUCUCGGAAAGCCUUAUUGUUGUGAAAUUGAUGACGUCAGAGGAGACAUAGGCGAUGACGUACGACACGAAAUGGACAAGUUCAACAUAAAGAAACAGCAAGGAUAUAUCGACGUCUGGUGGCUUUUUGAUGAUGGAGGUUUAACUUUGUUGAUACCCUACUUGCUGUCGAUGAAGAAGAAAUGGAACCAAUGUAAAUUGAGGAUCUUCAUGGCGGGGACGCACUCUUCACAUAUUGACCAGCAAAAAAGACAAAUGUCGGCUCUUUUGACCAAAUUUAGGAUCGACUUUUCUUCUAUGAUAAUGAUCGCCGAUCUAAACAAGAAACCCGAACAACAAAGUUUGAAAGACUUCGACUCGCUGAUCAGUGAUUGGAUGCUGGAUGAAAUGGCGGGAGAGACAAUCGUCAGCCAUCCGUGGAAAAUUACAGAAAGUGAACUUCUAUCGCAAAAAGAUAAAACGCACAGAAACAUUAGACUGAGGGAGCUGCUGAAGACAUUUUCCAUCGGAUCCACUCUGGUCUUCGUAACUCUCCCAAUGCCAAGAAAAGGCGUAUGCUCUGCAGGUUUAUAUAUGGCGUGGAUCGACACGUUAACAAGAGACAUGCCACCAAUGAUGUUGUUGAGGGGCAACCAGGAAAGCGUUUUAACCUAUUACUCUUAA